AUGUCACCCAGAAGCAUCGGAGUACUGAAAGGUCUGAAGCCGGGCCCGAGAUCCCCCGUCCGUUCCAAGAAGACCAGAAUCCCCAAAAAGGAACGACGAUGGCCAACAGGAAAAGCAGCCGGGACGCCAAUCAAAGAUUUUUGGAAACACGAAGACAAGAAAUACGUCGUGCCAAUCACAGUUUACAACGUUCCAAACAAUUCCUCGGUGUAUACAAAAUGGCCGAAGCUUAAAGAGUUCAGGCCUGCGCUGAAUCCGCGAGCUCACAGAACAGUAAAACUUGACGGUAGUGAAAGACCAGAGGAUGUUAUACCAUUAAUGCCUUACAUGUAUAGCGAUCUCGGUGUGAUGGUCUUUGAGGGUCUCGAUGAGAAUCAGGUCAAGGUCGUGGGAAACUUGCUCAAAAGAAUCGUUAAACAUGAAGGCAGGUUGCAGUAUUGCACAUGGGCUGAUGAUCGGGAUAAAAGGAUCACCUAUGAUAAAUGGAACAUAUAUCGCCUGCCGGUGAAUCCAAUAGCUCAUAUCGACGAUAAGUUGAAGCCGGAAAGAGGCUUUUUGCAUCCGAGAGGUCUCGAUGAACUCACCGAUCUGGCAGUUCAGAAAUGGAGAGACGAGUGGCAGGCCAAAAGGGAUUCCCUAGGGAAUGGUCCCAAGCCAGGACUUAGGUAUAUAAAGGACACCAAAAAGCUGUGGCUACUGAGGAACAUAGACGGCAUGGGCUUGAUCAAUAAUACCAUCAAUGGACCCCGUAUCACUUCAGUGGAUGCCUACGUUGCCACGGUCGUCUAUCACAACAGAGUCCUCGUGGAUGUUGAGCUUCACACUGUCGGCACUAAGCACUUUCUCGGCUGUGCGAGCUACAAGUUCGGAACUACGGCUGACGCGGAAGAAAUCGACCCUGACGAACCUGAAGCGUUUUUGCAGAAGCCAAAGCCCAAAGCAAGGCGAUUGUACCGCGAUGAAGCGCCGGCCUCGAUAGCACGAAGACAUGAUAUUCCAAUUGCCGUGAUGAACAAGGUGUUGAAUCUUGAGAAUAAGGUCUGGGGAAGGAUAGAAAGAAAUGCCAGACUGGAGAAGAAGCGGGAAAGGAAGGCUCAACAAGAGGCAUGGCGACUAGAGAGGAUACAGAGCGAGGAUGAGAUUAAGAUGAACGCGAUCGUGGAUGAUAUACCCGUACAGCUUUCCGAAGGGGAAUCUAGGGAGGAAAAACCUGUGAGAGACAAUGUCGCCAACGUCCGAUGGCUUGAAAUAUUGAGAUAUAUGUACACUUAA